UGGGCAGAACAAGCGACAGACGCUGGCAGAAGACUGGCGCUGAACGUCACGUGACAGAUGAAGGGUUUGGGCGGCGGCUUGCGCUACCUUGUCGCCGUUAUGGUCCAACAUGAUGGAUGGUGAACGAAUGGAUUAUCAAGGAAUGGGAUAAAAAAUUUAAACUUGGAACUUUAACCACACUUUAAUAAAAGCAAAGAUCCCGACGUUUGAGUGGUUUCAGGGCCAACUCUGCCCCUCGAUUACGGGCGACUGUUUCUUUCCCGCGAAACGGCCUGCCCACGAACCCGAACACCCCCGGAUGGGAACGACAAUGAGAAGCUACUUGUUUAUCAUAGUUUUGAAUUGACUAAAUUUCUUUGCUGCUUAACAUGAUUUCAUUUUAUUUUUUAUUAUAUUUUAAUUUUUUCAAACCGAAACUGGACGUGAGCAAACAUGCGAGAUUUGACGAGAGUGGUUCGAGAACUGUCGAGAUAGGUGGCGCUUGAAAACUUCCGGCUCCUUUUCUCAUCUUGCGAGGCAAGAUGGGACGCCGUCCGGCGAGAUGUUACCGCUACUGCAAGAAUAAGCCUUACCCCAAGUCGCGCUUCUGUCGCGGUGUCCCGGACCCGAAGAUCCGCAUCUUUGACCUGGGCCGCAAGAAGGCCAAGGUGGAUGAGUUCCCUCUGUGCGUGCACCUCAUCUCCAAGGAGUGGGAGCAGAUCUCCUCGGAGGCCCUGGAGGCGGGCCGCAUCUGCGCCAACAAGUACCUGGUGAAAACCUGCGGCAAGGACGCCUUCCACCUGCGCAUGCGCCUACACCCCUUCCACGUCAUCCGCAUCAACAAGAUGUUGUCCUGCGCCGGUGCUGACAGGCUGCAGACUGGGAUGCGAGGUGCCUUUGGCAAGCCCCAGGGCACGGUGGCCCGGGUGCACAUUGGCCAGAAGAUCAUGUCUGUGCGUGCCAAGGAGGCCCACAAGGAGAAUGUGAUUGAGGCCCUGCGCAGGGCCAAGUUCAAGUUCCCGGGCAGGCAGAAGGUGCACGUGUCCAAGAAGUGGGGCUUCACCAAGUGGGAGGCCCCGGAGUACGAGGCCAUGCGUGCCGACGGCCGGCUCAAGCCCGACGGCUGCUACUGCCACUACCGGGGCAGCCACGGGCCCCUCACCAACUGGAAGAAGAUCCAGCGGGAGCUGCGCGAGGUCGACUAGGCUGCACUGCCUCGGGAAUAAAGGGAUUCUGCACCCGUC